CUUCACACAACAGCCGUACAAUACGCGGUGGUAGACAAGCAAUUGCUGAGUAAGUUGAGGAAAUCAACUGGAUUCUCCUUUGUCAACUGCCGUAAAGCGCUUGAAAAAUUUGACAAUGAUCUCAAACAGGCAGAAAAGUGGUUAAAAGAUGAAGCUCAGAAGGAAGGGUGGGCAAAAGCAUCAAAACUUCAAGGUAGACCGAUGUCUCAGGGUCUCAUUGGAUUGGUAGUCAAGGACAACAUUGCAUCUCUUGUUGAGGUGAACUGUGAAACAGAUUUUGUUGCUAGGAAUUUAAAGUUUCAAAGUUUUGUUGCAGCAGUGUCAGAUGGUGUCUUACAACAUGGCAAGUCAGUCAGCAGCAACAAGGUCGUUUCAUUUUCUUUAUAUUUUUUAUGGGAUUUGUUUCAACUUGUGAUGAUAAAUGAGAAGACAGUAUCAGACCUAACAGCUUUGGAGGUAGGCAACUUGGGAGAGAACAUAUUAGUGAGAAGAGGAGUGGUCAUGAGACCUGAUAAACAGCUAGGCCAAUAUCUCUCUUACUACAUACACACCACUGGUCCAAAGAUUCAACAGAGCAGUGGUCAUUGUUUACUGGGCAAGUAUGGAGCCCUUGUUAUUUUGUUUAUGGAGAAAAAAAUUCUAACUAAAGAAGAAUUAGGCAGACAGUUGUGCCAACACAUUGUUGGGAUGAAUCCCAAAUGCAUAGGAUAUGAUACAAGUAAUAGCACUAAUCCAAAAAUUCCAGAACCAGACGAUGAAGUGAGAAUGAUCUAUCAGGAAUAUAUGCUGGACACAAAUUACAAGGUCAUCGAUGUACUUGACCACAAUAACGUGACAAUCGUUGAUUACGUGAGAAUCGAAUGUGGGGAAGAUAUUGAAAAAGAGAAAGAGGUUGAU